CGCAACGGGAAGAGGGAGGGAGUGAGCGAGAGAGGGUGAGACCGUGGAUAAAAAGCUAUUUCAUUCUCAUCUUGACAGUGAUCCCAUCACACCAGUGGGAAGAUUUGUUUCAGAGGAGAGGGCAAUCUGACCUGACCAGGACUUUUCAGUAACAUGACGAUGGAUUAUGCCAAAAUGUCUCUAAGUCUGCUGACCCCCACCUCAAUAUCCAGAUGUGUGACUGCUGGCGUGGCAGCUAGCACUUCCAUGACCAAGCAGCUGCUGACAGGCUCGCCCCCACGCCAUAGGCCAUUUCGAGUGGCCAACGCUGAGCGCACCGUCAAGAAGGGCAUCAUGGCCGACAGUCUGCGGGACCUGCUGGACAAGGUGAUGGAGGGACUGCAUGUCUCUUGCGUGAGCGCAUUGGUGCUCGAUGAGGAUGGUACAGGGGUGGACACAGAGGACUUCUUUCAGACGCUGCGGGACAACACAGUCCUUGUGGUCCUGGAGAAAGGACAGAAAUGGACUCCUCCUGUGCAGACCAGUUUAGUCAACGCACAGCAUGUGAGCCGAAGCCCUGGUUGCAGGAAAGAUGUGGCUAAAUUCACUUUUGACCUCUACAAGAACCACCCUAAGGAAUUCAUUGGAUGCCUGAACUUGAAGGCAACACUGUACGGAGUUUACACUGUGUCUUACAACCUUCGAUGCUAUGAAGCUAAGAGGAUGCUGAAGGAGGCCUUGAGAUGGACCUUGCUUACCAUGCAAACCACAGGCCAUAUCCUGCUGGGCACCUCCUGCUACAUGCAGGGCCUUCUGGAUGAGGAGGAGGAACAGCAGGCUGAAAGGCACCUGAAGGCUCCCGAGGGCUGCCACGUGCCUAGCUACCUCUGGGGGAAGAGUGGCGUUUGAGCAAGGCACUCCCCCAGCGAGUGAACACUUGAAAGGGCUUAAGAAGAGGAGCAGGGGAGUUGGGGUGGGAGUGGAAAGGGGAGGGGGCUGGUUGGGAUAUCGGCACAAAGCACCUUUAGAGGAUCUCUGCAUCUUCUUCUCAAUGUUUUGGAUGCUAUGCAGUAAUCCACACAUGUUAUUCUUUUGCUCAGUGGCGCUGCGUCUAUGAUAACUUGCAUUUACGAGUGGAUUCAUUGAACUCAAGUAUUUUGAUGGUUGCUGAAUUGUUAUAUCUACCUGUCUGCUUUAAAGUGUAUUGUGUUUUGCACUGCACUCUGUUACAUAAAGAUUUUCAGUUUAUUGUACUGGUUUUGUCAUGUAUAUUCUGUAUAAUUACAUAUAAUGUAUAAUUACUGUAUUUGUACAAUAACUGAACUAAUAUCAAUGUGUAUGCAUGAAGAAUGUGAUUUUUUGAUCUAUUAUUUUACACAAUGUUUUGAAGUGACUCACUGGCUUGACUGCACUUCACAGUUUUUUUUACUGCACUCCUACUCUAUUAAAUAUAUAUAUAUAUAUAUA